AUGUGGACCUGUGAGGAAAACAACAGAGGGCAGGCAGACAGCUCCAGCAGUACAGUGCUUUGUACCGGCACACGGGGUGAGUGUCUUCUGACGGUGCAGCUUGGUGAUGAAGAUAAUUUGGAGGAUGAGGAGGAUGUAGAGUUCUACCUGCUGUUUGCUGGCACCAACCAGAGGCACCUGACCAGCACCUUGAGGAUCAGCCAUGUCACCCUGCAGGCCGUGUGCCCAGCCCAUGACUGCUCUGAGUCGGUGCAGGUCACGCUGUGCUCGGCGCGGCCCGGCGGCUCCGUGGAUCCUGUGGCUGAGGAGCGCUUCCAGUUCGUCCAGGACCUGGCCUUUGACAUGGCCCAGUUCCUGGUGAGCGCUGCGGGGCAGGCCGACGGUCUGGAGGGGGCGCUGCUGCUGGACGAGUGCCAGAUCCCGCUGCAGGAGUGUGAGCGGCUGGACGACAGCCUCUCCCUGGCCCUUAGACACCUGGCCCUGCCCCAGGGGUGGAGCGUCCUGGGUACCAACAUGGGCACACCACCAGAUACCAACCUGGACAACAGCAUAGGUGAGUUAGGGAUAGGGUCUCUGCUUUGUGCGUCACUGUGGACCUAUUUUUGA